AUGAUUACUCCCGAAGGGCCUCAUGCGAGCAAAGGCUUGACCUUUGGUUCGUUGCGUCAUAACUUCGCGAGCUUGGCUGAACGAGCCUGCUUCCGAACGGUAGGGAAGGAGGUCUAUUAUACUAACAUCUUAUCAGCUAAGGCAUCCGAAGCGACUCGUGGGCAGGCAUUAGACCACUAG